AUGUUGAGAAAAGUCCAGGAUUACAUCCAUAUGUUGCAGCUUUCCAACUACAUCCUCACCACGGUACCUAAAUUCAACGAGCCAGAAAUGGUCGGUUUGCCGAUUAAGGCAAUCUUGGAUGCACGCAUGGGAACCAAGAGCGGGAAUACAGCAUUUUUGUACCAAAAGGCGCGUUUCCUCCGCUCCUCGGACUCGACGUCUGUCAUGAACGACAAGAAAGACGGCUGGUUCAAUCCCCACGCUUUAGAAGCGAUGAGACAUGCCUCUCGUAGAUUAGAGAAGUGGAACUUCGGGGACGAUUAUAUCUGUGAUCCAAAUGCUCCGCAUUAUGGCUUCACGUCCUGGGAUGGCUUCUUCAUCCGGCGGUCCAAGGAGGGUAUCCGCCAUGUUACGUGUCAAGAUGAUAAUGCCAUCGUGAAUGCGUGUGGAGGUGCUCCCUACGCGAUCUCAAAUCACGUUAAGGCUCUGGAUAAGUUCUGGCUUAAGGAGCAGCCUUACAGUCUCAAGUGUAUGUCUAACCACGGCCCCUAG